AUGGUCCAGCUAUGCACGGGGCAGGACUACGGCACGCCUUCUUACAACCCAGACGCCCCAAACCCCACCAACGACUAUUCCAACCCGAGCAGCCAGUAUGACAACCCCUACGAUCCAAACAGAAGAAACCCCAACAGGAAUCCGUAUGAUUUGAGCCAAUACGAUACGAACCGGAACCAGUACGAUUCGAACCGGAACCAGUACGAUCCUAACCGGAACCAGUACGAUCCUAACCGGAACCAGUACAACCAGUAUGAAAAUCGAAAUGAUCAAACGUACGGGCAGAACACUUAUAACCCCGAUAAUACUCCAAGACCUUGGGACGGGGGUCGAAAUUACGGCACCUCGCUUAAAGUCUCUGAAUUGGAACAUGAUAGCGUCAUUAUUAACGAGGCCACAUAUUUCAUAGUGGCGUCCCGCAUGGUCCGUCCCGGCCAAGUCUACAAGAUCUCGGCCAACAUUUUGCGUGCGCGUCUACAGAUGACCAUCCGCGCAUCUAUCUCACGCAACGGCGUUGAGGUCGCCGAUGUCAUAGAGAAAGUCAAAGAGGGAGUACCGGAGAUUUUGAACAUGCGCAUGCCGUUCACGACGGCGCCGGGAGACUACAAGCUACGCGUCGAGGGCCUGUACUUGGACGACCCGUUCGGUGGGCGGGCCUUUGUCAACGAGACGCAACUGACAUUCUCCAGCCGCUUUAUGACCAUAUUCAUACAGCUAGACAAGCCCGUCUAUAAGCAGGGACAAACUGUGAAAUUCCGCGUGAUACCAAUAACUACCGAACUGAAGGCGUCCGGCCGAGCUAUCGACGUAUAUAUCUUGGACCCCAAUGGACGGAUCAUGAAGAGGUGGUUAUCACGGCAGAGCAACUUCGGUACUGUGAGCCUGCAGUACCAGAUGUCGGACCAACCGCAGUACGGCGAAUGGUCGGUACGCGUGGAAGCUCUUGGUCAAAUUGAGGUGGCGCAAUUCCUCGUCGAAGAGUACUACCAAACACGUUUCGAGGUGAACGUGACGAUGCCGGCGUUCUUCUUCGAUACGGAGCCGUUCAUCCACGGGCGCGUAAUGGCGAACUACACGUCGGGCGCGCCGGUGCGCGGCAACCUCACGCUGAAGGCCACCGUGCGCCCCAUACCGCAGUACCGGCCGCGCUACUUCACGCAGGGCCAGUUCAACAACCGCGGAGACCCUGCGGCGUACGGGCUCUACGCCACCACACAGUACACCAGGGUUCGUCAAAACUACAAUCCGUAUUUGUACAAUGAGAGCAUUCAGUAUGAGUACACGGAUGGUCGUAAUGGGCCAGUGGAUGUGAAGCACCUGCCUGGGCAGCCAAACCAGAUUGACCAGCCAGAUUGGUGGUACGACCCACAAAAGGUCUACACGAGGCUAUUUAAUUUCGAUGAAAAGUUCCCAUUCUGGAUGCCAAAACCAGACCCUGUUCAGAUUGCGAACCAAUACCAGGAUUACCCCAACUACAACACGUAUACAACAUCCACGUACAACAACUACUACAAUGAUCCUUAUUAUAGCCGGUUGCCAUAUUUAAGAUAUUUCAACGGCACAUAUGACUUCAAAUUUCCCAUGUCGGAGCUGUCGCAACUUGUGCCGAGUCUAGAUGGAGUUGAAGUGAUCAUCACUGCAUCUGUGGGGGAUCCGUUUCUGGACGAUGUGAUAGAGGGUUAUAGCAUAGCAAGGAUUUUUAACUCUUCAUUGGCUGUCACAUUUCUGGGCGGAUCGGUACAAGUGUUUAAGCCUGCUAUGCCCUUCGAUGUUUAUAUGGCGGUGUCUUACCACGACGGGUCGCCGCUGCCGCGCUGGCAGGCGGCGGGCGUGUCGCUGGUGGUGGAGCUGCAGGUGGAGGGGCGCGGUGCCGCCAUCGAGCCGCAGCGGCCCUCGCUCGCGCCCGGGCACGAAGCCGUCUGGCACCUGCGCCUCGACCUCUACAAGCUGCUCAAGCUGGAGAACGACCCUAACUACCGCGAGGUUUUGAACGGCAUAACGGGCGUGCGCGUGACGGCGCAGCUGGCGGACGCGGUGGGCGGGCGCGCGGCGGCCGACGUGCACUUCGUGCCGCACUACAGCCCCAACAACCACCACCUGCGCGUCUCCACCAGCACCACCGACGCACGGGUACCAACCACACGCACACACGUGCACUUGGUGCCGCACUACAGCCCCAACAACCACCACCUGCGCGUCUCCACCAGCACCACCGACGCACGGGUACCAACCACACGCACACACGUGCACUUGGUGCCGCACUACAGCCCCAACAACCACCACCUGCGCGUCUCCACCAGCACCACCGACGCACGGGUACCAACCCACACGCACACACGUGUACUUGGUGCCGCACUACAGCCCCAACAACCACCACCUGCGCGUCUCCACCAGCACCACCGACGCACGGGUACCAACCACACGCACACACGUGCACUUGGUGCCGCACUACAGCCCCAACAACCACCACCUGCGCGUCUCCACCAGCACCACGGACGAACGGGUACCAACCACACGCACACACGUGCACUUGGUGCCGCACUACAGCCCCAACAACCACCACCUGCGCGUCUCCACCAGCACCACCGACGCACAGGUACCAACCACACGCACACACGUGCACUCGGUGCCGCACUACAGCCCCAACAACCACCACCUGCGCGUCUCCACCAGCACCACAGACGAACGGGUAAGAACCACACGCACACACGUGCACUUGGUGCCGCACUACAGCCCCAACAACCACCACCUGCGCGUCUCCACCAGCACCACCGACGCACGGGUACCAACCACACGCGCACACGUGCACUUGGUGCUGCACUACAGCCCCAACAACCACCACCUGCGCGUCUCCACCAGCACCACCGACGCACGGGUACCACCCACACGCACACACGUGCACUUGGUGCCGCACUACAGCCCCAACAACCACCACCUGCGCGUCUCCACCAGCACCACCGACGCACGGGUACCAACCACACGCACACACGUGCACUUGGUGCCGCACUACAGCCCCAACAACCACCACCUGCGCGUCUCCACCAGCACCACCGACGCACGGGUACCAACCACACGCACACACGUGCACUUCGUGCCGCACGACAUCCCCAACAACCACCACCUGCGCGUCUCCACCAGCACCACCGACGCACGGGUACCAACCACACGCACACACGUGCACUUGGUGCCGCACGACAUCCCCAACAACCACCACCUGCGCGUCUCCACUAA